AUGGAGGUUUCCGCCAUGGUCUCUCUCCAAGGCGACACCCGCAACGGCAAGCAGAAAAAGGGAACCGAAAUCGUCCCAAACUGCGACACAAACCCCACCGACACUGUCUCCAUGUCCUUCGCCCUCGACAACUCUCUACUCGCCCAACACAACCCCAGCUUCUCCAUUGUGAUCAAGCUCUUCUGCAUGGGCACCCUCCACUUUAACAUCGCCUGCCUCGAUAGAAUCCACGUCAAGCCCAUCGGCUCCGUCCACGUCCCCCUCAAGGACCUCUUCGACUCCGCCAAUGACAUGAAGCUCAUCUCAUUUCCGGUCCAGCUACCCUACUUCCGGUGCUUCGGUAGCCAUCAGGGCGAGCUCACCUUCUCCUACAAGUUUGGGGACAAGUUUGAGAGCUCACCUUCUCUGUAA